AUGGUUGACGCUUCUUCGACCAAUGGAGAGUCAACAAAGAAGAAGGUCCUACCAAUGGAGUGCCUUCAACGUCUUCAAAAGUUCGAUGAAGCAUUGACUGCUCUUGAAGUAGCGCUUGAACCUGUCCUCAAUGUCGGUUUCGAUGACCACAUGAAGCGGUCAGGCCUAGGAUUAGUGCAGAUCGAUGUGAUGACGAUGUUUGUUAUGAACUCCUUAGGAUGGUGUUUAGUGGCUCAACAUGGAAGAGAUCCAAAGGAUAAUGUGCAACUGGCGGAUGAACUACGACGUACGAAACAGUAUGUCGAGAGAUUGAAAUCUAUUGAAACUCGAAAAAGCGCACCAGGGCUCAACAAACGAGUUGCCAAGGCUUUCGUUAGAAAUGCACUCUGGGAUGUCCCCAGUAAACGCUCGAGACACGAAGUUGACAUGCCGGAAGAGAGUCCUUCAAUCGAUGAAGAGCAGCAGUCUGUUGUUUCUGAUAUUGAAGAAGACGAGGUUGUAGCACCUGCAGUCAUCGAACAACCGUCUUAUACUGUUGCAAAUAUCAAAUUUGAGCUUUACGUGGACGAAUCGUCUAAGUUACUGUGUGCCAGUGGCAGCGUUGUAAUCGUCGACAAACUUCGCGUACUUCGUUUUGUUCUCCUCCGUUAA